AUGGAUCAUAAACUAAAAGUAAACCCUCCUUUCAAAUCUCAUGGAUCCUCAGGAAGUAGAUUUAUAAUGAAAAGUGAGCAACCUAAAAAGAGCAUCAAAACUACCAAUUCAUGCAUGAAACUCGUCAAAGAACGGUGGUUAAGCGAAUCGAAGAAUGGAAAUCCUGUAUUCUCUCCAUUCUCGAUGGACACUGCUCUUGGGUUGCUAGCUUCUGGAGCAACUGGACUAGUUUUGCCUUUUGAUGAAUUCAAGGCAGAGCUGACUGAGAUGCUGAGUGGUGAUAGUAACCCUCAUGUUUCUAAUGUUUAUCACAAGUGCUUUGUUGAAAUUGAUGAAGUUGGAAUCGAAGCUGCUUCUGCUUCUACAACUGUUAUUACGGCCGGGGUGAGUUCCCUCGGCCCUCCUCCGGUCGAUUUCGUAGCGGAUCAUCCUUUCAUGUUCAUAAUCAGAGAGGAGGAAAGUGGUGCUUUGUUGUUCAUGGGACAUGUCCUUAAUCCUUCUUUAUCGAACUAG